AUGUCGCCGUCAUCGACGACGCGAUCGAGCGACGGGGCGUCCACGAGCGAGAGGAAGAUCAUCGACGACUUGUGUCCACCCGAGCACUUCACGCGCGUGAUUCGACGCGCGGGCGUCGACGCGAUGCGCGCAUUCGCGUGCGCUCGACGCCGAGAGACUGAGCGAUGCGCGGUGACGAGCGAGGCCGAGCGUCGCGCACGCGCGACGCGAGGACGUCGAGCGAUGCGAAUGCGAAGCUUUGGGCGACCGGUGGGACCGACGAGGCGAAGGAAGCGCGCGCGCGUGCGCGCGGCGCGCGCCGUCGGGCGACGGGCGACGCGCGAAGCGGCGGCGGGCGCGCUCGACGUGGCACCGGAGGACAUCGUGAGAUCGCUAUCGAUGCCUUUACGUCGUGCCGAUGUGGAUUCUUUGUUAGUUUUAUGUGGCUUGGGUGGUGUAGAGCUACAACCUCGGGAACUGAUGCUCGUCAUGGAGCGUAACGUCUUCGGCGCGUGCGUGGAGGCGCUGAAAACGUGCGAGCUCGAAACGCUCGCGGAGCAAGUCGACGGUGUAGACGUCGCGGAGGGCGAACCUGGUCACAUGAACUUCUCGUGUCGCACGGAGCGAUCGCUCGUUCUCGUUUGCGCGCUCGCUCGCGCGCAAAAAUUUCCGCCGACAAAGCCCAGAGGCACGCGCGCGGAGGCCGCGGCGGAGCGGGCGGCGAUCAAGGCACGAAUCACGCGCGUGAUGCGCACGGUACGAAGGAUUCGAUGGAAGAUGAAGACUUCUUCGGUGGAAGCGGUCAAAUCGACGAGACGGGCGCCGGUCCUCGACGACCGGUCGCCGGCUCGCGGUCAGUCAACGUCAGAGUCCAAGACGCCUCCUCGUUCGCGUGCGCAGAAGAGACCGGCGGCGGCGGCGGCGGCGGGCUCCCGACCGUCCUCUGCAUCGAAGCGUAUUUGCCGAGAUCGCUCGAAACCGCUCGUGCUCAAGUUACGAGAGCCGAAGAUUUUCGGUUCUCGGCGACUCGGCGACGUGACCAACUCGGCGACGACGCGUCGCGUGGUCGAGAGCGUGUCCAAGGCAGCCUCGGGUUUACUGCGAAGAUCGGUCUUGAUGAGCGCCGUGAAGCGCUCGGGCCCGCUCCCGCGAACGUCCGCGGAUGAUAUCUCCCUCGCCGCCUUCCCGAAGCUCCCUCGGUAG